CAUCACAGAUUUAGAUUCUCAGGCCAACUCUUCCGUCUCUCACUCUCUCACUUUUCUUCUUUCCUUCCAAUUGAUAGAGACGGGAAAGAUAAAAAAAUAAGAAGAAGAAGAAGAGUAGAUAAGCCUUAGGAACCUCAACAAUGCUGAGUUUUGAUAAAGGCGAUCCAACAUCACUCACUUCUAUCUCUAAGAAGCAGUACCUCCUCUCUACUGCCAUGAAGAGAACAAGCGAUUGGAUUUUUGCACAAGAUACACCCACUGACAUCAAUGUUCGGGCAGCAGGUUCAGCUUUCUCCUUGCACAGGUUUCCUCUCAGGUCCAAAUGUGGAUUUAUAAAGAAACUGCUAUCAGAACCCAAUGACAAAACAUCAUCCAUUGAUCUACCUGACAUUCCUGGUGGUUCCGAAGCUUUUCAGCUUGCUGCUAAGUUCUGUUAUGGAAUAAAUUUUGAAAUCAACACAGAAAAUAUUGCGAUGCUUCGAUGUGCAUCUGAGUUCCUUGAGAUGACAGAAGAAGUUUCAGCUGGAAAUCUAUUGAGCAGAACAGAAGCUUAUUUAGAAGAACUUGUACUGAUUAGUCUUUCAGGUUCAGUCACAGUUCUUCAUAAAUCUGAGGAGCUUCUUCCCAUGGCUGAGAAGGUAAAAUUAGUGAGCAGAUGCAUUGAUGCAAUAGCUUAUUUGGCUUGCAGUAAUAGUCAGUUUUCAACAUCUUCAAAGACUGAUAGUAGUCUUGAAAACUCGAGUUCCUCAGUUUCUCAACCAAGAGCUGUUAUGGAUUGGUGGGCAGAGGAGCUAAUUGUUCUCAGGAUUGACACCUUUCAAAGGGUUCUUAUGGCCUUGAAGUCAAGGGGGUUCAAACAGCAAGCCCUUGGACCAGUUAUCAUGCUCUAUGCUCAAAACGCACUUCGAGGUUUGGAUAUUUUUGGGAGAGGAAGACAGAAGAUUGAGCCUAAACAAGAACAUGAAAAGAGGGUGGUAUUAGAAACAAUUGUGAGUCUUUUACCAACAGAGACGAACACAAUAUCUGUUAGCUUUCUCUCAAUGCUCUUAAGAGCAGCUAUAUAUCUGGAAACAACAGUAGCUUGCAGGCUUGAUCUGGAGAAAAGGAUAAGCCUGCAACUAACACAUGCAGCUCUUGAUGAUCUUCUGAUACCUUCCUCCUUUAAUGGUGAUAUCUUGUUUGAUAUUGAUACAAUCCAAAGAAUUUUUAUAAACUACCUUCAACAUGAGAAUGACAUAAGUCGGUUGGGAUAUAACACUGAUGAAGACUACUUGUCUCCACCUCAUGGGGGUAUUGAGCGAGUGGGAAGGCUUAUGGAGAGUUACUUAGCUGAAAUUGCUUCAGAUCCCAAUCUUGGAAUUGCUAAAUUUGUGAGCUUUGCUGAGUUGAUUCCAGAGCAAGCAAAGGUGACUGAGGAUGACAUGUACAGAGCAAUAGAUAUAUACUUGAAGGCUCAUCAAUUACUAACUGAAGCUGAGAGGAAAAAGAUAUGUAGCUUGAUGUAUUGUCAGAGACUAUCAAGAGAGGCAUGCGCGCAUGCAGCUCAGAACGACAGGCUUCCUGUUCAAACUGUUGUUCAGGUUCUUUUCUAUGAACAGCAACGCAUUAGAGAUUCUACUAGUUCAAACUUCAUUGGAGGAGAGUCUCCAGCCCCAUCACUCAAAUCAGGUUAUAGCACCAAUUUCCAUGAUUCGGCUGAUGAGCUCUUACAGUUGAAGAGAGAAAAUGAUAAUCUUAAACUUGAACUGGUAAAUAUGAGAAUGCAGAUAAAGGAAACAGGAAAGCCAGUUUCUGGUAACAAAAUGUCUUCUGCGGAUAAACCACCAUUGCCUAAGAAAUCAUUCAUGAACUCAGUAUCGAAAAAGCUCGGCCGGCUUUAUCCCUUCAUUCGAUCUGAUACUGUAAAGGAGCUCAGUGAGAAAACAAAGAUGAAACCACCAAAAAAGUGGAGACAUUCAAUCUCUUAAAAAAGUACUAUUUUCAUCAAAUCAAGAAGAGUUGAAUCCAAGGCUAGCUAUAUAUACGAGGUGUGAGAUUUCUUUCUCUGCACUUUUAUCAAAUUAUCAAUGCUAUUAUUAUGUAAGUCUGAUUAUGUGCAGUUCCCUCUAGAUCUAAUGGCAGAGAGAACAAGGAAGGCAUUCUGGUAGAUUCAAAUCUGUUUUUUGAAGGGCUUUUUUCUUUGUAUAUAAAGAUGAUUGUAUUGAGUUGAACCAUAUUGGGAUGUCAUCAAAGUGAACUUGAUUCACUCACCUCCGGCUCUCAUCUCACACCUUACAUUCGCUGGUCUGCAUUUUAACUUUUUUUUUCUAUGUUGGUACCAAUGACUCUUCUUUAAAUUAGCAAAUCAUUAGCAUUUUUUUUUU